UCUAAUUUGGAUUUGCGGGUUUCUCUUAUGUCUUCACAAAACAGUGCUCUCAAAAAUGUCAGUGUUUCGGAAAUUCGGAAGAACGUUUCAGAUGCAGAAGGAGAGAGUGCCUUGAGUGAACUGUCGACAACCAUCUCUAAUAUCGCUUCUUACAACCAGAAAUUGCGACUGUUGUUGAAGAGGGCUACUACUAGUCAACCUUCUUCAAGAAGAACUCUCAUAAAGCAGCUUCAAACUUUGAAGGAACAAUGUUUGGAAAGUGUUUUGAAAGCAGAAGAGCUUUUGAAGACUUUUUCUAUUACGGAAGAUC